AUGUCGUGGAUUUCCUUUGGAGCCCUGGCCUCCGGUUUCGGUACUCCCUUCAAUCAUUACCCCUCCUUGUUUCCAUUUCUGCAGCGCUUGUUGGGUGGCGAUCAGCCGGCCAACAAGGUCUUGGAGAUCAAGAGCGAGUCGCUGGGAACCCUGCAAGUGAUGGCACGCGACGAUGCCAUGGUCCUCUUUGCACCGCCCUUUAAUAGCCAGGACAAGCGUGCCGUCUAUGAGAUCAUCCUGCAGCGACCCACCUCGGACUCGAAUACCACAUCCUUCAGUUUGUACCGCUCGCCAGUGCAGCAGGAAGCCGAGGAGCGGUUCAAUGCCUUCCUCCAGAGGCUGCCCGUCUUUGUCAGCAUUGUGAAAGAGUACUACAAUGUGAAUGGCUUGCAAAAGGCCUGCGAUGCUCUGGCCGAGAAUCCCUCGUGGACGCUGUCCCACAUGAUUGCCUACUUCAAUCUGGUGGAUUAUAUCAGCAAUCCCAAGAUGCUGCAGUGCGUGGACUAUGCGGAUCCCACAUCGCUGAUGUCGCCCUUCCAGCUGGCCAUCAAACAGGGCCACAUAGAGAUGGUCAAGAUGCUGCUGCCGCUGAGCAAGCUGGAGCACUUGGAUAUCAACAGCAAUUCGGUGUUUCACUAUGCCGCCAGCACCACCAAGGAAAUUAUCAAUCUCAUCACGGACAAAAGCACAGUGAAUCUGAAUCACCUUAACUCGGAUGGCUACACACCUCUGCACAUCGCCUGCCUGGCAGACAAGCCGGAGAACGUGAAGGCUCUGCUUUUGGCUGGCGCCGAUGUCAAUCAGAAUGCCAAGAACAUCAGCAAGCUGUACAAGACAGCGGCACCCACUUCGGUCUCCUCGUUUCUGCGCACCAACAUAAGCAAGCUGUAUACCCAGGAUAUGAAACAUGGCGGCACUCCUUUGCACUGGUGUUCCUCUAGGGAAACCCUGCACGCCCUCAUCAUGGAGGGCUGCGAUGUGAACUCUACCAACUUUGAAGGACGCACCGCUUUGCACGUGAUGGUGGCCAGGAAUCGAUUCGAGUGCGUCGUCACUCUGCUGGCCCACGAUGCCGAUAUUGAUGUGCUGGACAAGGAGGGCAACGCCGCUCUGCAUAUCGCUAUUGAGAAGAAACUGGUGCCGAUUGUCCAGUGCCUGGUGGUCUUCGGGUGUGACAUCAACCUGAAGAACAAGGAUGGCAAGAGCCCGCGUCACAUGGUGGGAAACGAUGCCAGUGGCAACAAGGAGGACGAAAUACUGUACAUCCUGCACUCGGUGGGUGCGAAGCGCUGCAAGGAAGGUGGCUCAAAGUGCCCGCCGGGAUGCAAUGCCAAGGGCAACUACAAUGGCAUACCGCCAGAGGCCCCAGAAUCCGUGGAACAGCGCGAGCAUAUUGAAAACAUGCUGGCCAGCACCAGUCGCCAAGUGAUGGGCGGUUUCCUGGGAGCAGCUGCGAAUGGAUUACUGGAGAAACCGCCACCAGCACAAAAACCAGUUGUGGUCGACACGGAGAAGGAAUUGAAGGGCCAGAGCAUAAUGGAUGCCCUGCUGGGCAUGUUCACCACCAAAGUAAAUGCGGAUGAGAUGAAGAAGGACACCUCUUCGGGCAGUUUGGCCAGUGGUUCGGCAACGCCUGCUUCAAUUAGUCCGGAGCAGCUGCCAUCGCCCACUUCGCCCAUUGCAGCGGAAAUAGGCGAUAAACCAUACGGUCGUGGACGACUCCUCUGCCUGGAUGGCGGCGGCAUUCGCGGUCUGGUCCUGGUACAAAUGCUGCUCGAAAUCGAGAAGCUUUCGCGCACUCCCAUCAUCCACAUGUUCGACUGGAUUGCCGGCACCAGCACGGGUGGAAUUCUGGCAUUGGCAUUAGGCUGCGGCAAAACGAUGCGCCAGUGCAUGGGGCUAUAUCUACGCAUGAAGGAGCAGUGCUUCGUGGGUUCGCGGCCCUACAACAGCGACUUUUUCGAGUCCAUUUUAAAGGACCAACUGGGAGAGUUCAACGUGAUGACGGACAUUAAGCACCCAAAGAUCAUGGUCACCGGUGUGAUGGCGGAUCGCAAGCCUGUCGAUCUGCAUCUGUUCCGCAACUACACGAGUGCCAGUGACAUUCUGGGCAUUGUGACUUCCAUAAACAAUCGUCGGAUUCCUCCGCCGCCGCCAAGUGAGCAAUUGGUCUGGCGUGCUGCCCGCGCCACUGGAGCUGCGCCUUCGUAUUUCCGCGCAUUUGGUCGCUUUCUGGAUGGCGGUUUGAUAGCCAACAACCCCACAUUGGAUGCCAUGACCGAGAUCCACGAGUACAAUAUGGCUUUGCGCAGUGCUGGUCGCGAGUCGGAGGCCAUUCCCGUAUCCGUGGUGAUGUCGCUGGGCACGGGACACAUUCCGGUGACCGAGCUCAAGGACAUCGAUGUCUUCCGACCGGAAAGCAUCUGGGAUACGGCCAAACUGGCCUACGGCAUCUCCACCAUUGGUAAUUUGCUGGUGGAUCAGGCCACCUGCUCUGAUGGAAGAGUGGUGGACAGAGCUCGCGCCUGGUGCAGCACCAUUGGCAUACCCUACUUUAGGUUCAAUCCACAGCUGAGCGAGGACAUCGCCAUGGACGAAAAGGAUGACCAGAAGCUAAUCAACAUGCUGUGGCACACCAAGGCUUAUAUGCACGCCAAUCGGAACAAGAUAAUCGAGACGAUCAACUUCCUGAAAUAGCAUGCAAGACGGAUUUAGACCGCAUUUGCUGUAGAGAUCUCUUUUAUCUCAGAGGGAUCCUUUCGACUCUUGUCUGUGUGUACUUUAGAUUCGUUUCGCCCCGUUCAUUUUCGUUAAGCACCUUUUCUGCGGUCUAAAUCAGCCCCACUCAAAACACCGAAAUCCACCCACCACCCAGCCUGAAAAAAUAGUCUGUGUUUUGUACGCCCCAACUGGAAAAUUGCGUUUCCCUAAGCGUUCUUUGAUUCUCCCCACUUCCGAGGCUUUAUCUCCAGGAUUACCAAACGAAUUACGCUUUGCAUGUUGUGUUAUUAUAUUAAAGAAGGUACCAUCCUAUCACAUUAUUUUGAAAUUCGCGUACUUUUUGUAUUAUCAAUGCCCAUGUAUUUUAUGUAACCCUCCAAUUGAAUUGCGAGUUGAAUCGUAUAAAUGGAUAACAAACAUUCCGUGCCGCUUUGUUAGAAAAUGAAUAUAUAUGUAUGUAGUCGAGCACGAAUUUUUGAAUAAAACUUUUUAAGUGUUUAAA